AAUCCGCCCGGUCUGCCAUCUUGAAUACAGUAGAUCCUACAGUGUGAACCACUUUACUGGGAACGCAGCGGAGAGAGACGGGGGAGAGGAAUUGAGGGGCUACAUUGGCGUAAAAUAAUCUUUACUGGUUGGAGAAGACAAAAAUACACGGUUUAAUCCGAGGGGAUUGUGCUGAGGGAAGUUAGGAGCUACUCGUCAGCGUCCCCCCCCGGAUCUGUUCUGUUUCUCCGGCUGGGUGAAGUUGCAGCCGUUGCUGUUGCUGUUGGAUGAAGAGGACAUUAUUAUUACCAGGCUGUGGAAAUCUCGCCAUGUCGGUGUUUUGAGCGAGAUUUCGGCUGUUUUUGUUGGAUUUUGAAAGGAAGAAACGGCGAAAAGGACUGUUUUUACUGUGGUGGACUGCUGUUUUUUCUUUAUUUUGUUUAAUUUGACGUUUAGCUAGCUAGUUAAGCUAGCUAAUCCUGGCUGAACCUGAGAGUGAGGGAGCUAGCUUGGGUUAUCUGUAGCUGAAUGUGGUUGAACUAGGUUAGCUAGCUAACUAAGUUAACCCUAUUUAACCAUGUUAAGCUUGUUUUUCUUUCAACCUUAGCCUUAUUAGUCAUAAACAAGCUCUAAUAUUUUAGUGCAAACUUAUUUGUCUAUUUUUUACCUUUUUAAACGCUUCUACUAAUCUUCAAAAUCUUUUAUACUGUCAAAAUAGCUAACUAGCUUAAUAGCGAUAUUAACUAGCUAGCUGUUAACUAGCUAAUAAUCUGCUCAUAAACCGCAGUCAUUCAGCCCUCAUCAUCUUUUUCUAGUUUAAUAAUAAUAAUUAUAGAAUAUGGUCUUGCAUUCCCCUGACUUUCCCAUACGUGGGAUGCUGUGGGAUCUUUCUUUUCCUAUUUUUAUGGGAUUUUUAAUUUACUAAGCUUUUUUAACUAGCUAACUAUAAUGGGAAUCAAAUGUGACCCACUUAUCUACUUAGCUAGGUUAGCAUAAGAUACUAUAGUUGAGGUUAGUUACCUGACUAGCCCAUUGGUGAACAGUCUGUCAGUUUGAAUUUGUGAGCUCUGACAUUUUGAUUUGUGUACACAAUUUAUGUUCACAUUUAAAGAUCAUUAUAGCUCUCUUUAAGGGUGUAAUGAAAUACUGAUAUUGUAUCGUAUUGCGAUAAUAUUGUAUCAGACCACAGCAUUGAUUUUUAAUGAUUAGUUCACAUGUGAAGGUUAGAGUCAGAAGUGCUUCAUUUAGCUUAAACUAUACUACGAGAUCCUGUGGUUCUGGUUGAAUCGAAAAGAGAACUUUUUUUACGUUUUUUUACGUUUUUAAAUGUAUGAUAGCAUUUGUUUAUAUAUCUGAUUUAAUGUAAACAAUCACAAUAUAUUGAAUAUUUCUCAAUAUAUUGAAUUAAACCGUGUCGCCAAGUUCUUGCCAAUGAAUGCACAGCUCCAGCUUAGCUAAUUGCCAUUCAAAUGUGUGGGAUUUGUGAUUAACCUGCUCAAUUAAUGAACCUGAUCUUUUUUUUCACCUAACCGAUUUGAACUGUACUAGUAUAACUCUUACUGAUUUAUGAUACGGAUUUCACCACCUCCCUGGACUGAUCGAACCCCUUUAAGGAUUGAUUGUAUGUGUUCUUAUAUACACACCACUGAGUCUUAUCUAAGACAUGGAUUUGUACUAAAUGAGUGAGCACUCUGAGAGAGUGUGAACCAGUGUGAACACGGUUUGUGGGGAAUUUGCUGGAAGCUUGCAGCUGUUGGACUCAAUCACAAGGAAAGGAUAGCAGAUUUAGAAGAAAAGGAAGAAGAGAAGAAGGAGAUAUGGGUCCAGCUACCAAACUGGCAUUCGGAGUGUUCCUCAUCUCCUGCUCCUCAGGUGCCAUCCUGGGCCGCUCGGAGACGCAAGAGUGCGUGCUCUACAACUACAGCCCGAGCUCGGAGAACCAGGGGAACCGCAGCGUCGAGCCGUGCGUCGGAGACAAGGACAAGAGGUUGCACUGCUUCGCCACCUGGCGGAACGUGUCGGGGACGGUGGCGGUGGUGAAGCAGGGCUGCUGGCUGGAUGAUGUCAACUGCUACGACAGCACGGAGUGUGUGGAGAAGAAGGAGGACCCCGAGGUGUUCUUCUGCUGCUGUGAAGGAAACAUGUGCAACGAAAAGUUCUACCACAACCCGGACGCUCAGGCUGUUCAGAGUAAGCCUCCUAUCACCGACCGCAGCAGCAGUGUCUUUAAGGCGACAUCAAACCCAUUCACCCAGAAGCCACCCCUGUUCAAUACGCUGCUCUACUCCCUGGUGCCAAUCAUGGGCAUCGCCGCCAUCGUCCUGCUCUCCUUCUGGAUGUAUCGCCAUCACAAGCUGGCGUACCCACCUGUUCUAGUGCCCACACAGCACGCCUUUCAUAUCAUGAUAGAGGACCCUGGCCCCAUGCCCCCUUCACCCAUCCUCGGCCAGAAGCCGCUGCAGUUGCUGGAGGUCAAAGCCAGGGGUCGGUUCGGCUGCGUGUGGAAGGCCCAGCUGCUGAAUGACUACGUGGCCGUCAAGAUCUUCCCCAUUCAGGACAAGCAAUCCUGGCAGAAUGAGUAUGAGAUCUAUAAUCUGCCCGGCAUGAGACACGAGAACAUCCUCCACUUCAUGGGUGCGGAGAAGAGAGGAGCUAACCUGGACAUUGAGUUGUGGCUCAUUACGGCUUACCAUGAAAAGGGCUCCCUGACCGAUUAUCUGAAGGCCAACGUGGUAACGUGGAACGAGCUGUGCCACAUCGCCCAGACCAUGGCACGAGGUCUGGCUUACCUCCAUGCUGACAUCCCAGGCCUCAGGGAUGGACACAAGCCUGCAGUCGCCCACAGGGACAUUAAGAGUAAGAACGUGCUGCUGAAGGCUAACCUGACGGUCUGCAUCGCUGACUUUGGCCUGGCCCUGAGGUUCGAGGCCGGGAAGUCAGCCGGGGACACACACGGACAAGUGGGAACCAGGCGCUAUAUGGCUCCAGAGGUGUUGGAGGGGGCCAUCAAUUUCCAGAGAGACGCCUUCCUCAGGAUAGACAUGUACGCCGUGGGUCUGGUGCUGUGGGAACUGGCCUCCCGCUGCACCGCUGCAGACGGUCCUGUGGACGAGUACAUGCUGCCGUUUGAGGAAGAGGUGGGCCAGCACCCCACCCUGGAGGACAUGCAGGAGGUGGUGGUCCAUAAAAAGCUGCGGCCCACUCUGCGAGAGUGCUGGCAGAAGCAUGCUGGUCUUACUAUGCUGUGUGAGACGAUAGAGGAGUGCUGGGAUCAUGAGGCGGAGGCGCGUCUCUCGGCGGGCUGCGUGGAGGAGCGCGUGGUUCAGAUGCAGCGACAGACCAGCAUCUCCGGACCCGAGGAAAUCGUCACCGUCGUCACCAUGGUGACCAACGUGGACUUCCCGCCUAAAGAGUCCAGCCUAUGACUAGCGGAGGACGCCAUGUGAAUCACGUGGGUGGAAGAUGAUAAACAGAAUAAACUUGAGAGAAGAGUCUGGGACCGGAGACAUGAGCUCUGGACAGCUAAUAAUCCUGGUGAUUGUACUGUGCUGUGCGUACAGUCGGUCCAGUUUACCAGCGCUAGAUUUUACGGGGCUGAAUUUGGGCCUCCAGCUACACUACAUGACAUGGUUUGCGUGCGUUUGUGUGCGUGCCUGUGUGUGUUUUGUGAAUACGUGUGUCUCAAGGCCUUCUGGAAAGGACAGAGAGAUGGACAGACGGACGGACGGACGGGUUUGUGUCCGAGAAGAGGAGCUCAAACGGGACACACAUUCACCUUCUUUUAGCGAACAAACGGACAACGUGAAAAACGUAAUGAAGCUGAUGAAGUGUCUCCCUCUUUAUUCUUGCGCUUGAAUGGGUGAGCGAGACCACAGGAGAAAUAAAAAGAGAGAGAGAACACUUUUUUCUCUGAGAAAUCAAGGAGAGAACCAGAGACUCCUCG